ACUAAAGAAGGACGAGUAGAGUAACCACCUACUACAUUACCCAGAAGACUCCUGCGGCUACGUCGUGCGCAGUUACGUCGCAGUUAUGGGCUCCUGGAUUUAAAAGUAGAGUCGCAAGGUUUUCAAUCAACUCAGACAUGAACUGGGACAGUCAGCUGAGCUCUAUCCUGUCUGUGGCAGAUGGCAGCGUUGCAAAGAUGAGAGAGAGACUGACCUCACCAGGGAAAUUCUCCAAAGGAGGGGAAGAUUUGUUUCCAGUGAGGGAGCGGAUUCAUGAUUCAGAUUUGGACCCUCCUGCUCUUCCCCCUCGAGCCCCCCUUCUCCGACAGCCAUCCCCAUCUCUCAGUUCUGGUGUACAGUGGGCAGACCUUGCUGCUAUCCAGUCACAACUCCAGAUACAGAGCCAGGCAAUUGAGUCUCUUACCCAGAAACUGCAUGACAUGGAACGGGAGAAACAGUCACAACAAUGUCACAUCCAGACGCUACAAGAGGAGGUUCACAGGCUGCAUGAGGCGUUGAGGGAGAGUGAACGAGAGAGGGACGAAUCGAGGAGGGGACAAAGUCCAGGAGCAGAGAGAAGGAUGGAGCAGUGGAGGAGAGAGGUGGGACGUGAGCUGAGCAGUCUGCGGGGACACAUCACCAGAGCCACGUCGCUAGGCAACCUGGAGGAGAGUUUCAGCUCAAAGCUUCGCCGAGAUGAGCUGGAACACCUGCGGAGAGAGGUUGACCAACUGAAAACACGGCUAAGGAGACAGGAGGAGGACGUGUUCCUCCAACAGGCAGAGGCCAGAGAGACCAGGAGACAGUACGAACGCAGCUGCAAGACACUGGAAGAGCUAACAGACAGCUACAGAACUCACAGCACUGAUCUAGCAAAGACUGUCUCUCAGUAUUCACACACACAGCAAGAGGUCCACCAGAUUAGAACAGUUGUAUCAGAAUUGAAAGACGAAGUCAGGAGUCUUAUUCUUCAAGAACGUGAACCGACACCUUUACUUUCAGCACACACAUCAGUUGCAUCACCCCUUGCACUCCCUCACGGCCACAGCAGAGUCAGAGUUGAGGAGCCAGACUCUGACUCAGAAGACUUUAGCCCGACCCCAAGCCUGGCCGAGGUCAGCUCAGAUGAUCUGUCAUGGUUGGAUGACAAAGACCCUGCUCUUAAUCAGAAGCCUCGUGUACGUCUGAGUGUUCAGUCCCGACGGAGCAACUUUGCUGGUCCAGGAUCUGAUCUGGAGGAUGGUGAUGAUGUCAAUAAUGAUGAUGGUGAUGAUCUCCUUGAUGAUGAUGUGAGCCCAGAUUUAGGAUCUGACCUAAGUUUUAAUGACCUCUGACCUGUUCCAAGGUGAAGUUUUAUUUGGGAAGACAUAAAGACCUUUUUUCUGACUCUUCUAAUAAAGUACCUGAGAUGUAUUAAUACUUUUAAAA